AGCUCACGCUCCUCCCCUACCAGCUCUGAACGGACUGUCAGAGGAACAGGAAGACUGCUCUACCGCUAAAGACGUAGUCGCUUCCCCGCUGUCAGUCAGGGGUUAAAAAGUUAACCAAACUUGUAGCAGUCAUGGAAACUAAUUUGGGAGACAUUGUCGUCCCAAGUCAUCCAUAACGCCGACUCGCCGCUUGUGUUAUAGUCACCGAAGCAACUCCUGAAUGUGGGAAGAGCGGAGUUUUUUUUUUCUUUUUUUUCUCUUGCCUACGGAGACUUUACCUACUAUAGCAGACAAGCUAGCCUAGCUAAAGUUAACGUUAGCGCUUUUAUUGCCGCAUACUUUUGAGACCUAAAAUUCACAUUGUUAAGGCUUCGGUUUGUGUUAUACGUAUAUACUGGUAGAGUAACGUCCUCAUUUGUAUUUUAUAGUUGCAACAGGUUGUUUUCAUACUUUUCGUCCCGACGGUCGGGGCGGUGCUUUGAAUUUCCCUCCUUCAGUGAUACAGACAGGCGGCUUAGCGAGAGCUUCGUUCGGUGUACUUGGCUUUCUACCAAAUCGUUAGCAGCACUGUGCUAAUUGUGGCUAGUUAGCCAGGGAAGUAGCCUAGGCCCAAGGGAAUUUACAGUUGGCUUUUUUCGCAAGUAAAAAAAAACACCGACGGAGGAAGCAUUUUCUUUGUGUUCAGAGCGGGGAGAUUACCGCCACACGGGUUUCUUUUGACACACAAUUCAAGGAAACGGAUUAAUUUUCAAUUAUGGAUCCACACACGGGCAACUCCGCCUCAGCUGCAGGUCCCAAGAAGGAAAAAAAAUUAAAGAAGAACUAUGAGGAUGGAGAUGGGAAAAAGAAAUUUACAUUCAAACGGCUGAUUCCUGAUGAGUUGGAACGUUUCACCAGCAUGAGGAUGAAAAAAGACAAGGAGAAGCCCGGCCAUAUGCCAGGUCAGCGUCACUCUUCAGCUGCCGCCUAUGAGAUCAGUGCUCAGAGUGCCAUGCUUCAUAAUCAUUCUGAUGAAUACGUCCUGGAGCUCUUCGAACAGAUGCUGGUGGAUAUGAACCUUAAUGAGGAGAAGCAGCAACCUCUAAGAGAGAAAGACAUUAUGAUCAAGCGAGAGAUGGUCUCCCAGUACCUCCACACGUCUACAGCUGGACAAAACCAGAAGGAGAGCUCCAAAUCAGCCAUGAUGUACAUCCAGGAGUUAAAGUUAGACUACCGAGACACACAGCUGCUGAGCUGUCUGGAAUCUCUUCGAGUCUCACUCAAUAACAACCCUGUCAGUUGGGUGCAGAACUUUGGAGAUGAGGGCCUGGCCCUGCUGCUGAAUCUGCUUAGAAGACUACAGGAAGAGAAAGACGAGUACCCAAUGAUGGGAGUGAAAUGCCAACAUGAGAUCAUUCGAUGUCUAAAAGCCUUUAUGAACAACAAGUAUGGUCUAAAAUCCAUGCUGGAGUCAGAUGAGGGAAUUCCUCUGCUGGUCAGAGCCAUCAACCCUGCAGUGCCACAUAUGAUGGUGGAUGCUGUCAAGCUGCUCUCUGCCAUCUCCAUUUUGGAACAUCCUGAGAACCUUCAUGAACGUGUUUUGGAGGCAAUUACAGAGGAGGCUGAGAAACGGGACAUUGAGAGGUUUCAGCCUCUCCUUGCUGGCAUGAACAAUCACAACAUUGCUCUUAAGGGUGGGUGCAUGCAGCUAAUCAACGCCUUGAUCAGCCGAGGAGAAGAGUUAGACUUCAGGAUCCAUAUCCGCUCUGAACUGCUAAGACUGGGACUCAGAGACCUGCUGACGGAGGUGCGGAUGAUAGAAAAUGAGGAGCUGAGGGUGCAACUUACGGUGUUUGAUGAGCAGGCUGAAGAUGACUCUGAGGACCUCAAAACACGUCUUGAUGACAUCCGCAUUGAGAUGGAUGAUGUGAGGGAAGUGUUUGAGAUCCUGGUCAACACUGUGAAGGACUCCAAAGCCGAAAGCCACUUCCUUUCCCUGAUGCAGCACCUGCUGCUGAUCCGUAAUGAUUAUUUGGCCAGGCCUCAGUACUACAAGUUGAUAGACGAGUGUAUCGCUCAAAUCGUGCUUCACAGGAAUGGAGCGGACCCUGACUUCAAGUGCCGUAACCUUAGCCUCAACAUUGAAGGCUUGAUAGACAACAUGGUUGAUCGGACCAAGGUGGAAACUAGCGAAGCCAAAGCCACUGAGCUGGGGAAGAAGCUGGAUGCAGAGUUGACGGCACGCCACGAGUUGCAGGUGGAGCUGAAAAAACUGGAAGGUGACUAUGAGCAGAAGCUGCGGGACCUGAGCCAAGAGAAGGAACAGCUUGCCUCUUCUAAGCAGGAGCGAGAAAAGGAGAACCAGGGACUACAACAACAGCUAAGCACACUGAAACAGCAGAUUGAAAAGCUGUCUAAGGAUCUGGAAGAUGCCAAGACAAAAGCUGUCACAGUUAGUGUUCCUGUGCCAACACCUGGUUUGCCCCCUCCACCGCCCGCCCCUCCUCUCCCUGGCCAGAGUGAAGGUAUGCCCCGUCCACCUCCACCUCCGCCGCUACCAGGCCAAGCAGCCAUACCUGUUCCCCAGGCCCCACCACCUCCUCCUUUACCAGGUCAUGCCUGUAUUCCUAUUCCUCCACCACCCCCUCCCCUUCCUGGCAUGCCAGGACCUCCACCCCCUCCACCCUUACCUGGCAUGCCAGGACCUCCACCCCCUCCACCCUUACCUGGCAUGCCAGGAAUGCCACCCCCCCCACCCUUACCUGGGAUGGGACCUCCACCACCACCACCACCGCCCGGGUUUCCUGGUAUCCCUCCUCCACCACCAUUUGGCAUGGGAGGCUGGGGUGCCCCCGCACCACCUCCGCUGCCUUUUGGGCUCCAACCUAAAAAGGAUUACAAGCCUGAGGUCCAGCUGAAGAGAGCCAACUGGAGUAAGAUCGGAGCUGAAGACCUCUCUGAGAACAGUUUCUGGACCAAGGCAAAUGACGAGCAAUUUGAAACCAAUGAGCUCUUUGCCAAACUCACCUUGGCCUUCUCCUCGCAGACGAAGACCAUCAAAGCCAAAAAGGAGCAGGAAGGUGGAGACGACAAGAAGCAGGUGCAGAAGAAGAAGGUGAAGGAGCUGAAGAUUCUUGACUCCAAGGUUUCACAGAACCUCUCUAUUUUUCUGGGAUCGUUCCGUCUCCCUUAUGAAGAGAUCAAGAAUGCCAUCCUGGAGGUGAAUGAGAAGAUCCUCACCGAGUCCAUGGUUCAGAACCUGGUCAAACAACUGCCAGGACCGGAGCAGCUGAGGGUCCUUGGAGAGAUGAAGGAUGAAUAUGAUGACUUGGCUGAGUCUGAACAGUUUGGAGUAGCGAUUUCCAGUGUGAAGCGACUAAUGCCAAGGCUUCAGGCUAUCCUGUUCAAGCUGCAGUUUGAGGAGCAGCUGAACAACAUCAAGCCAGACGUGGUUUCUGUGACGGCAGCCUGCGAAGAGGUCAGGGAAAGUAAGACCUUCUCCAGGCUGCUGGAGAUCAUCCUUCUUGUCGGGAACUAUAUGAAUACUGGCUCUCGCAAUGGAAAGGCAUACGGCUUCUCCAUAUCAUACCUGUGCAAGCUGCGGGACACCAAAUCAACUGAUCUGAAGCAGACGUUGCUCCACUUCCUCGCUGAUGUGUGCCAGGAGCAUUAUCCCGAUGUCAUGAGCUUUCCAGAUGAGCUCAUCCACGUGGAAAAGGCCAGCAGAGUUUCUGCAGAGACAAUUCAGAAGAACCUAGAGCUAAUGGGCCGUCAGAUCAAGAACCUUGAGAAGGAUCUGGAAACUUUCCCACCUCCACAAAAUGACAAGGACCUGUUUGUGGAGAAGAUGUCCAGUUUUGUGACCAGUGCCCAUGAGCAGUAUGAGAAACUGGAUCUGAUGCAUAAGAAUAUGGAGAAGCAAUAUGCUGACCUGGGAGACUAUUUUGUCUUUGACCCAAGAAAGAUCUCUGUAGAGGAAUUAUUUGGGGACCUCAACACCUUUAAAAACAUGUUCCAGCAAGCGGUGAAGGAGAAUCAGAAGAGGAAGGAGGCUGAAGAGAAGAUCAAGAGGGCCAAACUGGCCCGGGAAAAAGCGGAGAAGGAGAAGGAGGAGAAACUCAAGAGGAACCAGCUCCUUGACAUCAACGCAGAGGGUGACGAAACUGGCAUCAUGGAUGGCCUGUUGGAGGCGCUGCAGUCCGGCGCUGCUUUCAGGAGAAAGAGAGGACCCCGGCAAGCAGCCAACCACCGACGAGCUGGUAAUGCAGUGACUAACAUCCUGGCCAAAGAGCUGAUGCAGGAGGGCACGCCUUCGUCAAGUAAACUGCCCGCAAAGAAGAGCAAGUCAGAGGAGAAAGAGGAGCCUAAACUAGAGGGGGCAGAAUCAUUGGAGGAAUUAUUGGAGGUUGCUCCCUCUCGGUCUAAUUAGGCAGCGCAGGCAGAAAGUUUUUACUCAGUCAGUGAUAUCCAAACACAGAUAUAUUUCUUAGGCAUUCCAGGGACCAUCAAUCUGAGAUUAUUUUACUGGAAAAAGGCCUGUUUUUUUGACCUUUUGUCUUAACAGAGGCAUCUUUUAGGGUAGCACUGACUGUGUCUUCUGUGAGGGCGGAGAGGGGCAGAGGAUGAGGGCGGGGCUCUCACCUCAACUCUUGGAUGUCCGCCAUCAACCUUUGGAUCUUUGCCAAUGUUAUAAAGAUUGCUUUCUUCAGCAUGUGCACAUUUCUGUUAAUGUAUUUUUCUCUGUUUCUGUUUCUCUGUAUUCUUCCACAUCACUCAAUUCACCUGACAUUCAUCAAAGGGCAUCUUGAGGAAUUCCAAAGACUUACUCAGGAGGGAUCCAGCCAUUUUUGUGGUUAUUUCCAAAUUCUAAAUUUAGACUUGGAACAUCUGGAAUUUGGCACAUCCUGCAGUUUUCUCUGAAGGUUUCAGCCGCGACCACUUUGUGCUUUUUCAGUUUGUGUUUUUUUUUUUUUUUUUUAAACUAUCGAACACAUUGUUGGAAUUGUCUAAAAUACUGUAUGUUACUGUUUGUAAAUGUUAACAGUUUUUCCUUAUUAUUGAAAAAAGUGCCAAUCAAUAGAAAUCCAGUCUUGUCAUUUCACUUUCAGGCCUUGUCCAGUCAAAGUUUGCACUGGGCUGGUGUGUGGACCAGUCAAACAGUAGUCAUCACUUGGGUGUUUCAGUGUGUUGUGUUUUAUUUUAUUUUUUAUUUUUUUUAACCGAGAAGGGAUUCAGUUUACUAGUUUGCAUACAUGAGUUAGAUUUCACAUAAAAAGGAGGAUAAUUUACAUACACCUGGCUAAGCUGUGUUGCCACAUAUGCCCAAAAACAGUUAUAUGAAGAAAAUCUUCAUUCAUCCAUGAACAUGAACAUUCUCAUAAACCCCAGAGGGAAGUAGAGUUAGAUGGGAGGAAAAAGUUCUUUCACAGUCGGUUAAACCAAAAAAAAAACUUUGCAUUUUAAAAGGGUGUUUCCAUACGAAACCUAGCCUGAGCAGUUUACAUGCCUGUGUGUUUGUGUAUGAAAAUGUCUGUGUUUGUGUGUGAAGGAAGAUGCCUAGAUUUAGGUUGGUGUGGACAAUCGACUCCCUACUUGUAUGUGUGUGUGAGUGUGUGUGUGUGUGUGUUUGUGCAUGUAGGUUUGAGCGCACGUGGGUGUCUCCAUCUGUAAUUACUGUACGGUACCGACCAUGCUGUCACAAAUGCUAGGUUUCAAAAACUGUUUUGUGGUCUUUCUGUUGAGGAUAUAGCACACUGGAAAACUGCCCAAAAACUGCUGAGACAAGUAUGUAUGUUUGUUCAGUUGUGUGCGUGCGUUCCUUCGUUCUUAACCCACUUUCCCUCCCACUGAACUGCAACAGUAGUUGCUGAAUGUCUGGCCAUGCUUAUAUUGGUAUUCAGUAGCCAUCAGCAUACAUGUUGUCAUGAUGUUGUGGUGUAAUGACAGGAAUCCUGAGAGGUAAUGUCAGGUGCUCCAUGCAAUAUUUAUUCCUAUGCAAACACAAUACUGUAGCGUGCACUCUAGCCCUGAAGUUCAGCAUUUCAAGAAUGAAUAAAAUCUUCCUUUUUUUUUUUUUUUUUUUUUUUUACAUGACAUCUUCCAUAAAAAAAAAUUGAAUGUCUUUGAACAUAGAAGAUUUGGCACUUAAACAACAUUAAAAUAAAUUAGGUUCUUUAAGUUCAGUAGGUGUAGAAAUCUUUUUUUCAGAUGAAGUGCUAGUGCCACAGUUUAAUCCAGUAACACAGAAUAAUUAGGUACAAUACCCCAUAGACUGCUGCGCCAGUUCUCAAGCACAAAAUAUGUUGUAGCUGUGUUUAAACCGGAGUCAUGACUUCAGUUUUAUCUCUGCGAUAUUCCCCUCUCUUCAGGUGGAAAGUGCCAGAUGAUUGUGUGUACCAGAUACCAGCCGUUUUCAACAAUAAGGAGAGAGAAAGAUUGAAAAAAAUGAAAAGGAUAUCAGAACAUCACUGGAAUAUUUUUUUUAUUAUUAUUUGAGUCAUUCCUUUUGCUCACUAAUUCCUUUUUUAAGAAAAUGUUUUCUAUGUGAAUUUUUACAGUUGAUUAUUUUAAUGUAUUUGAAUGGAGACAAGAUUUUUCUCAGAUUCGUUAUGUACACAGAAUAAUGCACAUAGCCAUUCUGUUUGCUACACAACCAUUAAAAAUGUCCUAAGUAAUUAAAUGAUUUGAUUGGCUCAUUCUUUUCUCAAUGUACACAUCAUCUGUUGAUGUUUUAAUGUGAUAAAAUGUUAGUGUGUGUAAUUUGCAGCUCAGUUGUAUUCCUUUAUUUUU